AUGAGGAAUUUCCACAUUGCCGGCCAACCAGGAGUUUGGAUCGUGGAUGCGCUGCCGUGGCUCAAUUACCUGCCCGCAGCCAUUGCGCCUUGGAAGUGCAAGGUUGCAAAGUGGUUCCAUGAACUCGACGACCUGCACGUCAAGAGCUACAAAGAGGCGCUCAAACGCGAGGGCUGGAACUGGGCGAAGGACUUCGAAAGGGCUACUGAAGCGCAGAGCAUGACUGAGCAGCAGGUCGCUUGGGAUGUCGGUAUACUCGCUGAUGCUGGGGUUGAAACCAUGAGCGCUACCCUCAUGAUCUUCGUCCUCGCAUGCAUCACGCAUCCUGAAUGGCUCCCGAAGGCGCAGAAGGAGCUCGAAGAAGUCGUAGGCAGCGAGCGACUGCCCGAAUUUGGGGACUUGAAGGGCUUGCCGUACGUCCAGGCUAUAGUAAAAGAGGUUUUCCGCUGGCGUCAUCCACAACAAGCCGGCAUUCCGCACGCCACGACCCACGAGGACUACUAUCAGGGCUACCUCAUCCCCAAGGGCUCUGUUGUCAUCCCGCUCUUCUACGCGAUGCGACACGAUGAGGACCUUUUUGACAAGCCGGCGGAGUUCCACCCUGAGCGCUGGAUCGGCAGGUCGCAAAUCCAAAACUUCGGAUACGGUCGCAGAACCUGUCCUGGUCGUCAUAUCGCGCGCAACUCAGCAAGCAUAGUGAUUGCGCGCUUGCUGUGGGCAUUCAAUAUCCGUACGCCGACUGGGAAGAGACUCGUUGUAGAGGAAAGCAUGUUCACCACAGGGUUCGUAUCGGCUCCGAAGCCUUUCGCGUGCAUCUUCGAGCCCCGGAGCGAGACGCAUGUCCGCGUUGUACAGGAGACCUUCGAGAAGGUAGAGAAGAGCGUUGCAACUCUUCUUAGCGAAGUUCAUGAGAAGCACAACGCACUGGGUAUCAAGGCUCGCGUGUAG